UACAUUCAUCUAAACACACGUGUAGAUAGACACUGAAGGUGAUAAACCCAGCUUCAGGAGAUUUGUAGUUUAACAGAUAAAAAUCUAGUCUUGAGUUAUGGCUUCAAUCUCAUGCAUUGUAACUCACCUACCCUUUACUUCAAAACCUUCAAAUCCUCAAUCUUCUCUCCCAAAAUUCAGCUCCCAGUUUCUGGGUACCAAAAACAAUCUCAAAUGGCUUCGACCCCCCAAAAUGGGAACCUCCAAUGGGUCCAAAGCUCAGUGCUGGUUCAAGUUUGGUAAAAAUGGUGUUGAUUCUGAAGGUGCUGGAAUUUAUGGAAGCCAGUCCCGUGAUGACUUUGAUAGAGAUGAUGUUGAGCAGUACUUCAACUACAUGGGGAUGCUUGCAGUUGAGGGUUCAUAUGAUAAGAUGGAGGCUCUCUUAAGCCAAAGUAUCCACCCGGUUGACAUCUUACUGAUGCUCGCCGCCUCAGAGGGCGACAAACCAAAAAUUGAAGAGCUUAUGAGAGCUGGAGCUAAUUACACUGUCAAGGACGUGGAUGGAAAGACUGCACUUGAUAGAGCUGCCAACGACGAAAUCAAAGACUUCAUCCUUGGUUUUUCAGUUCAGAAGGCAUGAUCUUAUUUGUUCUUGUUACUGUUGUUUCAAUUUUGAUUUUCAGAUAUCUUAAGCUUCAUAUUGUGGUCUGUGAGUUUGACUUUGAAAUAUUAUUGGUAAUUCAAUUAAUCAAGUAAGUUUCUAUUUCUUUUUUUUCUUUCA